AAUUUUUUCAAUUUUCACGCGCUCUGCUUGACAAAUUCAGCUACAUAUGUUCCUAAAACCUUUGGCUCAAAGCUUCUCUCUGCGCACAUUUAGCCGUAGAUUUCUUGCAGCAUCUUCUAGUCCCAAAAAAACUCAAGGCUCAUUGCCAAAAGCGAAGCAGCGAAGUAAAACACUUGUCAAUAUUAGUGAAGAACAGAAACUCGCCGAGUUAAAAAGGAGAAGAAUCGAAAAAAACGAAAAUCUGCGCGAAUUACUUGAUGCGCUUGAAAGGCUCGAUACAUCUGCUGUAUGGGAAAUUCACAGUAAGCCCCUUCGUAUAGAUGAACCUACAUAUACAAAGAUGGUGGCCUUGAUGGCAAAGGCGGGCUAUGUUAAGAAGACGUUUUCGCUUUACCAAAAGCUGAAAAAGCGGGCACUGAAGCCGUCUUUGGACACGUUUUAUUGGCUUCUGAUUUCCCUUGUAAAUGCUGCUUCAGAUGGCGACUAUGUAUCGCGUGUGUUCUACGUUGUUGAGCAGCUUGAAAAGUAUGGCUAUUUGUUGACGCUACGUUUGUCCAACUUGAUGCUUUUGGUCUGCGCAAGAGCUAAAGACCGAGCAUCUUGUUCUUCGGUGCUGUCUAUUAUGUUGAAGCACAGAGUGCGCCCAGAUGUUUCGUCUCUCACCACUCUGAUUCACUGUUCUAAAGGCGAGGGCUUGGACAAUAUUAAUCUGAUGUGGAAGAGCGUUCUGAAAUUCUUUGACCCAGAUAUACGGGCUUGGAACACUUAUCUGACGCUGCUGAGGGAGGAGAACUACACGGAGGAAGUUUUUUUAAUAUUCGAGCACUUACUGGCUUAUUCCGCGGUUAGAGUCAAAACUAGUAGACUAGCAAAAUGGGAGGAAAAAAACCGAGUUCUAGCCGCGGGAAGUAAAAGGGAGGGCGUCAUAGAAGUGCUGGAUGGGAGAAAUUCAAUCAAGGGCGAUAAAUCACCUAGGGAAGCACUAAAGUUAGCAACUGCGAGCAGUGAGGACAAUGCAGAGGUGGUUGGCUUCAGUGGAGACGAUGAUGGGUAUAUGAAUAAAAAUGGCACUCGAAACGAAGAAAGCGUGUGUAUUGAAUAUGUUGCUCAAGAUAGCGAGGGUAUAGAUUGUCAGAACAAUCACAAUAAGAAUAGAAUUGGCGCUUCCGUAGCUUCUCAAGUUGAUGUAUCGACUCAUCUCGCUCCACUGUAUACGUUGACUCCCCCUCUUUUUCAAACCAUGAAUUGGUGUUCGAUCCUGAUUUGCUCCCGUUGGAAUCGAUCCCGGUACCAGACCAGCAUACGAUUUCGAUGAUAUUGAACUUAUGCAGCGAGAAAAAGGAAUAUGUCUUUGCCAAGUUUAUCUUAGAGCUAUUAUUAAACAGCGGGCACAAGCUUGAUAUUGCAUUUGACCGCCCGUUGAUUCACUCGAUGUUUCGCAUAGCGUCGAGAGCCUCGCUUGAUCACGUUGUCGCCGUCGAAAAGCUGAUGGGCGAGAAAAAGCUAUCACCAAAUAUCGAAACGUAUGGCAUAAUGAUGAUGGCGUAUGGACGUCUCGGGGAUACGAAAAAGACCAUGGACAUCUUUUCUCAAGCAGAAAAAUCUUUUAAACUUAGCACCUUUUUCUUUACUAGCUUGCUAAUCGCCUGUCGAAAAAGCGGGGACGUGGAUAUGGCCUGGAAAUCCAUUGAGCAAAUGACAAAGUUGAACCUUCCUGUCGACCGAGUUUACCUGAACAUUCUACGCGAGAUUCUCGAAAAAAAUCAUCGCCAAGACCUCCUCGAAAAGCUUUCCACUCACCCGUUGGUGCUUCAUUAUCGAAAACGUCCGAAAUCGAAGCUCGGGAGUCACGGUGUGAGCCGUGAGGACCCAAAAAGUGACACUGAACCCAAACCUAAAACACAUGACGUGGAUCACACUGACCUCAAAGCUGACAGUAAACUGGAAUUCAAAACAUCGCCCUCGUCUUGCUUUGACAACGUGGAGUUUACUGUUGUAGAUUCACCGUGCGCCCCUGCCAAGUCUCUGAAUAAGAGGGAAAAAAAGCCUCCAGUCUCUCCAACACCCAGCAGCCGCUCAAACCCCCCAGCCGCUAAAGCGCCAACCAAAGCUAUUCGCCGAAAAAGGUUCAAAGAUGAAAACCUGUCAAAUCUAGGAAAUUCUAAAGCGACAAGAGGCUCUAUGAACGAUCCAAAAAACCUUUCCGACGGAAGGACUAAAGUUAUUUUGCCGAACUAUACACCUUGAUACCGCAAUGUAGCCCACCUCGCCUCGCGUGUGCAAGGUAUCUGCAAUCUGUUUAAAUUUUUGUAACACGUCAAGGAAACCGAACAGCAGGUUUGGUUUCAGGUUCACUUUUGUGAGUUGCAACCCAACGUGAUGAAAAAAGAAUACACGAAAAACAUCUCUUUGACUAACGUCAUCGUAAAGUACACCCUGCCUCAGUAACUUCAAAAUCAGGAGAAAAAAAUGUUUUUGAAAAGGGCUCGCAUUCAUCUUUAUAUCGUUACAUCCGAUAAUUAUUCGUUUAACGGCUAAAAACAACAAUUGACGGCUUUUUUAUUUUUUUAGCACUUUCAAGUUUGCAAAUUCAGUCGACACCUUCCUGCUUCUAUGGCGAGCACUCUCCCAUCUGUAUCACCCCAAAACAUUCUUUUGGAGCUCGAACAGUUCAAAGCAAAAUUCAACACGUUUGUAAAGAACCAAUACGAAUGGGCUGAAAAUGAAAAAAAGUGGCACAACGAACAGUGUCAGAACUAUAAAGGUAAGCAGAGUCAAUGAAUAACACCAACUAUCGGUCGGUACCGCAAGAGUGAUACUUAUAACACGAUGUCAUCGGCUUCAUUCCAAUAGAUACAAUGUCAACGUUAAAACAGCGCGAAAAAGAAGCAAAACAAUCUUUGGACUACUGGACAAAAGAAACUGAAAAAAAAAAGCAUGAACUUCACCAGUUGGAAUCCAAUCAUGCCAAACUCUUAGAAUCAGAAAAAAUCCUCCCUGGACAAGUUCAAGAAUACAAAGAUCGGGUCAGAACACUUGAGCUUAAACUGGUCGACAAGCGCGCCGAACUUUGCAAAAAAAAACGCAUCCAAAAAAUCAAAAUGGAUGACGCCACCAACCAGUGCUCCAUUUUUGAGAAAUUGCUGGGCUUAAAAAUCGAGGUCUUAGAAGUCGGGAAAGUGUGCUUUAUCUUCACAAACAUUGAUAAAAAAAAUUUCAAUCGAGAGUUCCGUGUGACAAUUAUAGUAACCGAAGAUCUUAAAAUCAAAGUCGCCGAAUGCAAGCCCAGUUUGGAAAACAUAACUGGUUUAGAAAUGCGUGACUUUUCGAGUUUGAUGCUAUUGAGAAGAAAAUUUAAAGCAUCGAUUUAGAGGAAAAUUUAAAGCAUCAAUUUAGAAAAAUUUUUGUGCCAACAAGCGCGUUACUUACGUAAUGUUGCAUUUUUGAAUGGAGUAUGCAAAUCACUAAUUAAAACCAGAAUCGCUAUUC